AUCAAAAUUCAAAGUUUAUUUUGUUUUUGAAAAAAGAGAUAAGAUAUUAUAAAAACUUUUCACAUUGUGAGAGAGAGGGGGCAUAGAGAGAGAACCGCGAAAGCCAAUCCGACGUAACAAAGAGUUUCUCUAAGAAUUUUUCGGAACAGAAACUCUUGAGUUCGAUCACAAUAGAAAAACCCAGUUCAUAUAAACACUUAAAGUUUAGGAUUUUGAUUUGGGUUUUGGAAUUUGAGGCGCAUUGGCAUAGAGGUAAGUCUUUUCUUUUUUCUCUGAAUCUCUGUUUCUCAUUAUUGGGUUCUUGGUUUUUUUUUUUUAAGGAAAAAAAGUUUUUGGGUAGGCAUUGAUCUGUUAGGAUUUGGAUUUUGGAGAUAGAUUUGAAUUUCGAAAGAAGUUUUGGAUUCUGAUUCUUAUAUGGGAUUUGCAGGUUCCAAUUUGAUCCAAGUUGGAAUUUUUUUAUUCUUGUAAAUAUUUUAUUCUUUAGAAUUGGAUCACAUUGGUGUUUGAGAUUGUAAUAUUUGAAAGUUUAGUGGAAACUGUGAAGUGGGUCAGAUUUUUUAGGAUUCAUAUUGUAGUAACUUUGUGCAUUAGGAUUAAAGUUCGGGAAUUGGUGUUUUUGAAUGCAAAGAAUUGUGGGUUUGUGAAUGUGAGGUCAUACAUUUGGAGAUUUGUUCAGUGAUUUGGUAGACUAUUUGGUGGUGGGAUUGGUACUGAAGUUGGACUUGGUCUUAGCAUUUUGGUAGUUAACUUUGGAAGACAAUUUCAGGAUUUGUGAAUGAGAGGGGUUUAUAAAAUAGAAAGGAGAUGAGACCAAAACUUGUGGAUGUGAAGGUACAAUGACUGGAGGGUCAUUGGGUUUACGUACUUCGAGUUAUGGUUCUCUGCAACAACAGUUUCAGAAUGGUUUCUUGCAGGCUACUCAGGCAUCACCAGUACUUGUGCGAAAGCCUUCAAAGAUGCUUCUUUCUAGUUCAAGGGAGAAGGAAAGGCUUCUUCCCUUAAUUUGUCGAUAUGUUGGUCGAAGGAGGGUUGCAAUGCUCCUCUUGGUUGUCCUUGCUCUUUUGGUUUUUGUAUUUGGUUCCUUUACGGUUAAUAAAGAAUCAAACAUCUCUUUACAUAUCGGAAGCAUGACGCCUUAUCGGUCAGAUUUUCCUGUAUUUUCAAAUCCACUGGAAGUAGAAAAUAGCCUUGGGGAUAAAAAUUCUUCUGGACAGAACUCUUCGGGAGGAAAUGAUCAAAGCAGAUCCCUGUCAAUUCCUCCUCCUGCUACUAUUGCAACACUUAGAGAUGUUAUAAGGUCUACCCCUCGAUUGGGCCAUCAAUGUGAAAAUUUUACACGUCCUCCUCCCCCGCCUCCUAGUAGUAAAAAGAUCGGACCACGCCCAUGUGAAGUAUGUUACCUUCCUGUUAAGGACGCUAUAGCUAGCAUGCCGAGCUCUCCAUCAAAAUCACCAGUGCUUCGGAAUUUGACAUAUGUUCAUGAUGAAAAUCCUAUUAAAACUGAGACUCAUGGAGGCUCUGACUUUGGUGGAUAUCCUUCUAUGAAGCAGAGGAAUGAAUCUUUUGAUAUAAAAGAGUCAAUGACAGUGCACUGUGGAUUUGUAAAAGGAAGCAAACCUGGUGACCAGAGUGGAUUUGAUAUUGAUGAAGCUGAUCUUAUGGAGCUGGAGCAGUUCCAUGAGGUUAUUGUUGCAUCAGCCAUUUUUGGAAACUAUGACAAUAUCCAACAGCCCAGGAACAUUAGUGAAGCAGCAAGGAAAAAUAUUCCUUUUUAUAUGUUUAUUGAUGAAAAGACAGAAGCUGUUAUGAAGAAUUCUAGUGACUUGGACAGCAGUAAGAAGUUUGGAUUUUGGAGAAUCAUUGUUGUUCGUAAUAUUCCAUACAGUGAUCCAAGACGUAAUGGAAAGGUUCCAAAGCUUCUAUUGCAUAGGAUCUUCCCCAAUGUGCGGUACUCUAUAUGGAUUGAUGGAAAGCUCCAGCUUGUUGUGGAUCCAUAUCAAAUUCUUGAGAGGUUCUUGUGGCGUGAAAAUGCUAAUAUCGCCAUCUCAAGACACUAUAAACGCUAUGAUGUGUUUGUAGAGGCUGAAGCAAAUAAAAAUGCUGGGAAAUUCGACAAUGCCUCCAUUGACUACCAGAUCGAUUUUUAUAGAAGGGAGGAGAAUUUAACAGCAUAUAAUGAGUCUAAGCUUCCGAUUACUAGUGAUGUUCCUGAAGGUUGCGUCAUUGUAAAGGAGCACAUUCCCAUCACAAAUCUUUUUACCUGUCUAUGGUUCAAUGAAGUUGAUCGUUUUACUCCUAGGGAUCAGUUAAGCUUUUCCACUGUUAGAGACAAAAUAAUGUCAAAAGUUAGUUGGAGCAUCAAUAUGUUCGAGGAUUGUGAAAGACGUAACUUUGUGAUACAGGAUUACCACAAAGGUGUAACAAAGCCCCCCCCCAGGCCUCGUCCCCCCCCCAGGCAUCGUCCAGUUGGUCCAGUUAUCCGCCAUCCUUUGCCUCCCAGGCCUCGUCCAGUUGGUCCAGUUAUCCGUCAUCCACCACCUUUGCCUCGUUCUAUUCCAGUUGUAAGGUCUCCAAUUGUAAGGUCUCCAGUGAAGAAGAGCAUUAGGCGAAAAGGAGAGAGGAGAUCUGGUCAGAAGCGUCAUCGUAAAGUUAUUGCUGGUAGUAGAGAUAACAAUUCAUUUUAGUUCUUUUUUUUUAAUAGAGAGAAGAGAGAGAAGAG